AUGGUCGUUAAAGUCAGAAUCCCACGAGAACCGUUCGAACCGCCUAUCUCCGAUACUUCAUCGGCAAUACCAAGUAGCCAUUGUAUACCAGAAACCCCAAAGGAAAUGGGCAUCGUUACAAUUCACGAAGACGUUACAACUGCGCUAGCAACCGCCAAGGCCGUUUCAUUGCAGAUGCGACCUCUUUCGGAUGUCCCUAACACGAUUGUGGAAGGUGCAAGCUCCGCUUCUGAGGCUGCCAGCACUCUGGUCGACAUUUGGACGCCUGUUUUCCAGAAGAUCGACAUCUUUUGUAGAUUGAUGGACACGGUAACAGAGGUUCAUCCUUAUGCCAAAACGGCUUGGAUCAUGGUUUCAGCGGUUCAGAAGAUCAUCAAGACGCAGAUGGACCGUGAUGAAAAGAUCAAAAACCUGUUGAAGGCGAUGGACUCUUUCUACGACAUCGUGGAUGACCUCAAGAGCGGGGAGAAGAUCGAGAAGAUUGAGUCUAGCAAGGACGUACUGCAACGCAUCGCUCAGCAGACAACAGAGUGCUGUUUUUUUAUCCGCGACUACGCAAAGCCCCACAGCUUCUGGAAGCGAACAGGACACAAUCUAUUCUCCAAUGUCGAUGACAAGAUUGACGGAUACUGCACGGUAUUACGCGAGCUCAAGGAAGAAUUCUAUGGACGAGUGACUGUACAGACUAAGAUUGUGGUCACGCAGAUUCUGGAUGAAGUGCAGGCAUCUGCCAUGCAAUUUGGUCUGGACGACAUCCCGUAUGCUGCCGGUGCUGGCUUUCAGAUGUCAAAGGGCUGCCAAUCAGGAACUCGCACAUCCAUCCUUGAUGAGAUUGCGGAGUGGAUCACUAGAGACGAUGGUUCUCGGGUCUUCCUACUCCUUGGCGCCGCAGGGACAGGUAAAUCGGCAAUCGCGCAUACUGUCGCUGGCCGUUCCAAGGCUUCCAACCGCCUCGGAUCCUCGUUCUCCUUUGUGCGUGGUCAGGCCGACCGCGGCCCGGAAAAACUGGUUUCCACCGUGGCGCGCGACUUGUCCGAUUUCAGUGAAUCCAUCCGGCACGCACUAGGCGAGGUGGUUCAAUACAACAAGGGACUUCGGACGACUUUGGACAUCGCAAUGCAGUUUGAGAACCUUAUUCUGAAGCCGGUCGAGAAGCUCACAUUGACCGGUCCUCUAGUCAUAGUCAUCGAUGCUCUGGAUGAAUGUUCAGACCCAACAUCUCGUGAAGCGCUGCUUCUGCUGCUGGCUAACAGAACCCAAGAACUUCCUCCAAAUUUCCGCAUCCUCCUCACCUCUCGCUUGGAGAAAGAUAUCGAAACAACGUUCAGCUCCAAUGACAAGAUCAUCGUAAAGAAGAUGGAUGACAUUCCAUCACAAUCGACGAGAGACGAUAUCAGGUUAUAUAUCAACAAUAAGCUCGGAGACCUUGAUCGUGAUGACAUCGAUGCCGGAUGCAAGAGCACGCUCGUGGACCAAUCAGAGGGUUUAUUCCAGUGGGCGUCCGUCGCCUGCGAAUUUAUCAAAGGUGUUGGCGUUCCCGGUUCCACCCCGAGGGAACGAUACGACCUCCUGAUCCAGGGUACGACUAGCGAAACGUGGCACCUGGAUGGCCUGUAUAUGACGGUUUUGUCGCACUUUUUCCAAAAUCAAGGCUCUUUCACAGAGAAAGUUAUGGAUAGGUUCAGGCUGGUUAUGGCACUAUUAUUGAGUGCCUUCGAGCCGCUCUCCAUGAAAUCAUUGGACAUGAUACUAUACGCUGCCAAGGACAGAAAAACCAGAUUCGAUCCGAAGAUCAUUUUGGAAUAUAUGGGCUCGUUGCUGAGCGGGGUCACUGGGAAGGAGCCCAUCCGUCCUUUGCACACAUCAUUCCGCGACUUUCUAUUGGAUUCCUCUCGCAGUCGGAAAUUCCAUGUCGACACAACUGAGGCGCACAAGGACCUGACACUCGCGUCGUUGAGUAUCAUGAAUAGCGAACUCUCGUUCAAUAUCUGUCAUCUUGAAUCCUCGUACACUCUGAACGAGGCUAUUGGCGACCUUGCAAAUCGGAUUCAAGAACAUAUUCCAGAGCAUCUUUCGUACUCGUGUCGAUUUUGGGCGAGUCAUCUGCAGCGUAUACCAUCUGAUGAUCUUGACGUUCGGAGAGCUGUUGCGUUGCUCCUAUCCGAAAAACUCCUCUUCUGGAUCGAAGUCGCUAGUCUCCUUGGUGCGGUGCAUGGUGCGGUCCAAGCACUGUCUUCUCUUAUGCAGUGGUGUACUGAUGCAAAUGAUGAUGCGCGGGAACUAUUGAAGCAUGCGCGCGACGCUCACGCAUUCAUAAACACCUUCGGAGUUCCCAUCUCCCAAUCGACUCCGCAUAUAUAUUUGUCUGCCCUACCCUUUUGUCCUCCAACUUCCAUCAUACACAAUUGUUUCAGUAGCAUGUUUCAUGGGACCCUGAGGGUCUGCAAGGGAGCAGCUACGGGUUGGCCAACUGUGCAGCAUAUCAUAUAUUGUCAGAGCCAGGUCAGCUCCGUAGCUUUCUCACGGGACGGGACACGGAUCGUCUCGGGCUCGCACGACAAGACGAUCCGGAUGUGGGAUUCAUCAACAGGGAAAGCGGUUGGUGAGCCUCUCGAGGGACACACAGAUCGGGUCUGGUCCGUCGCUUUAUCGCGGGACGGGACACGGAUCGUCUCGGGCUCGUCCGACAAGACGAUCCGGAUGUGGGAUUCAUCAACAGGGAAAGUGGUUGGUGAGCCUCUCGAGGGACACACAGAUCGGGUCUGGUCCGUUGCUUUCUCGCGGGACGGGACCCGCAUCGUCUCGGGCUCGUCCGACAAGACGAUCCGGAUGUGGGAUUCAUCAACAGGGAAAGCAGUUGGUGAGCCUCUCGAGGGACACACAGGUCCGGUCGGGUCCGUUGCUUUCUCGCGGGACGGGACCCGCAUCGUCUCGGGCUCGUCCGACAAGACGAUCCGGAUGUGGGAUUCAUCAACAGGGAAAGCAGUUGGUGAGCCUCUCGAGGGACACACAGAUUGGGUCCGGUCCGUUGCUUUCUCGCGGGACGGGACGCGGAUCGUCUCGGGCUCGUCCGACUCGACGAUCCGGAUGUGGGAUUCAUCAACAGGGAAAGCGCUUGGUGAGCCUCUCGAGGGACACACAGGUCUGGUCUGGUCCGUUGCUUUCUCGCGGGACGGGACCCGCAUCGUCUCGGGCUCGCGGGACUCGACGAUCCGGAUGUGGGAUUCAUCAACAGGGAAAGUGGUUGGUGAGCCUCUCGAGGGACACACAGGUCUGGUCUGGUCCGUUGCUUUCUCGCGGGACGGGACCCGCAUCGUCUCGGGCUCGUCCGACAUGACGAUCCGGAUGUGGGAUUCAUCAACGGGGAAAGCGGUUGGUGAGCCUCUCGAGGGACACACAGGUCCGGUCAACUCCGUUGCUUUCUCGCGGGACGGGACCCGCAUCGUCUCGGGCUCGGACGACAAGACGAUCCGGAUGUGGGAUUCAUCAACAGGGAAAGCAGUUGGUGAGCCUCUCGAGGGACACACAGGUCCGGUCUGGUCCGUUGCUUUCUCGCGGGACGGGACCCGCAUCGUCUCGGGCUCGCGGGACUCGACGAUCCGGAUGUGGGAUUCAUCAACAGGGAAAGCAGUUGGUGAGCCUCUCGAGGGACACACAGGUCUGUUCUGGUCCGUUGCUUUCUCGCGGGACGGGACCCGCAUCGUCUCGGGCUCGCGGGACUCGACGAUCCGGAUGUGGGAUUCAUCAACAGGGAAAGCAGUUGGUGAGCCUCUCGAGGGACACACAGAUUGGGUCCGGUCCGUUGCUUUCUCGCGGGACGGGACCCGCAUCGUCUCGGGCUCGUUCGACAAGACGAUCCGGAUGUGGGAUUCAUCAACAGGGAAAGCGGUUGGUGAGCCUCUCGAGGGACACACAGGUCCGGUCUGGUCCGUUGCUUUCUCGCGGGACGGGACCCGCAUCGUCUCGGGCUCGUCCGACUCGACGAUCCGGAUGUGGGAUUCAUCACCAAAGAAAUUGGUCGGUGAACUUCCUCAGGGAAAUCCUUACCAGGUCGAAUUUCCCCUGCUCUCAGAGCUUGAGCAUGCAUGCUCUCCAGCCACUAUGUGUGACCCGCAGAUAGUAACAUCUGCAGCGCCCUCGUAUCUACCUCCCAUCACAUUUUCGUCACAGGCAGAACAUGCACUACGCCAUGUGGAUGACAUAUUUCCUUCUGCUCCUGCAGAUGGCUCCCGUGCAUCCAUUACACUGAGAGACGAUGGGUGGGUAGUGGGUUUGAGUGAUAAAUUGUUGUUUUGGCUCCCCUUCGAUCUUCGUGCGAAAAUAAGGCUUCCAAGGAUGUUGCUACGAUGUGGUGUAGACAUGACAGAGCUUGACCUAAGUCGGUUCAUCCAUGGGCCCUCUUGGAGCGAGUGCUAUCGAGUCUCUGCUGACGAUGAUUACAAUGACUUUCGAACACUCGUUAAGUUUGGAUGUAUUAGAUGGCAUCCAUUAUCCUCUUGAACGGACUACUUCAG